AUGCUGAUAUGGUGGAUCAUAGUCAGCGUUGGGAGGUGCACGUCGGCCCUCAGCUUCCUGCGCGUCGGCCCUUCCUGCGCGUCGGCCGCCAGCUUCCUGCGCGUCGCCCGUCAGCUUCCUGCGCGUCGCCCGUCAGCUUCCUGCGCGUCGGCCGUCAGCUUCCUGCGCGUCGGCCGCGAGCUUCCUGCGCGUCGGCCGCGAGCUUCCUGCGCGUCGGCCGUCAGCUUCCUGCGCGGCCUUGCCCAGCUGGAGAUCCUGUGUAAGCAGCUGUAUGAGACUACCGACACCGCCGUCCGACACCAGGCAGAGAAAGCUCUGGUGGAGUUCACCAACAGCCCCGACUGUCUCAGCAAGUGUCAGCUGCUGCUGGAGAGAGGCAGCUCAUCAUAUUCUCAGCUGCUUGCGGCCACCUGUUUGUCUAAACUGGUAUCUCGAACCAGCAACCCUCUACCGCUCGAACAACGCAUCGACAUCCGGAACUAUGUGCUGAAUUAUCUGGCCACGCGGCCAAAGUUAGCAGCCUUUGUGACGCAGGCUCUGAUCCAGCUGUACGCCAGGAUCACCAAGCUGGGCUGGUUCGACUGUCAGAAAGACGAUUACGUCUUCAGGAACGUCAUCGCAGAUGUGACACGCUUUCUGCAGGACAGCGUGGAGCACUGCAUCAUAGGGGUCACCAUUCUGUCCCAGCUGACGAAUGAGAUCAAUCAGGCCGACACGACACACCCUCUGACCAAACACAGGAAGAUCGCUUCAUCGUUCAGAGAUUCUUCCCUGUUCGACAUCUUCACUCUGUCCUGUAACCUCCUGAAACAGGCGUCGGGGAAGAACCUGAACCUGAACGAUGAGUCUCAGCACGGCCUGCUGAUGCAGCUGCUCAAACUCAGCUACAACUGCCUCAACUACGACUUUAUAGGAACUUCCACAGACGAGUCCUCGGACGACCUCUGCACCGUACAGAUCCCCACGUCAUGGAGAUCAGCAUUUCUUGAUUCCUCCACCCUGCAGCUCUUUUUCAAUUUAUAUCAUUCCAUCCCUCCGUCCCUUUCCCCGUUGGUGUUGUCAUGUCUAGUUCAGAUUGCCUCCGUCAGGCGGUCUCUCUUCAACAAUGCAGAACGAGCAAAGUUUCUUUCACAUUUGGUGGACGGAGUGAAGAGGAUACUAGCAAACCCUCAGUGUUUGCCAGAUCCCAAUAACUACCACGAGUUCUGCCGUCUGCUGGCGAGGCUGAAGAGUAACUACCAGCUGGGGGAGCUGGUCAAAGUAGAAAACUACCCCGAAGUCAUUCGCCUCAUAGCCAACUUCACCGUCACCAGUCUGCAGCACUGGGAGUUCGCCCCCAACAGUGUUCACUACCUGCUGAGUCUGUGGCAGCGCCUGGCCGCGUCGGUCCCCUACGUCAAAGCCACGGAGCCCCACCUGCUGGAGACCUACACCCCCGAGGUCACCAAGGCCUACAUCACAUCGCGGCUCGAGUCGGUCCACGUCAUCCUGCGAGACGGGUUAGAAGACCCUCUGGACGACGCGGGUCUCGUCCAGCAGCAGUUAGACCAGUUGUCCACCAUCGGGAGGUGCGAGUACGAGAAGACGUGCGCGCUGCUGGUCCAGCUGUUCGACCAGGCAGCUCAGACCUACCAGGAGCUGCUGCAGUCCACCAACUCCAGCGCUGCAGACAUCACUGUGCAGGAGGGUCGGUUGACAUGGUUGGUUUAUAUAAUCGGGGCAGUUAUUGGUGGACGGGUGUCGUUUGCGAGUACGGAUGAGCAGGACGCCAUGGACGGAGAGUUAGUCUGUCGGGUGCUCCAGCUGAUGAAUCUGACAGACUCUCGGCUCGCUCAGGCCGGCAACGAGAGACUGGAGCUGGCCAUGCUCAGCUUCUUCGAACAGUUCAGGAAGAUCUACAUCGGUGACCAGGUGCAGAAAUCAUCAAAGCUUUAUCGACGACUAUCAGAAGUUCUGGGGUUGAACGACGAGACGAUGGUACUCAGUGUCUUUAUAGGGAAAAUCAUCACAAACUUGAAGUACUGGGGCCAGUGUGAACCAAUCACCUCCAAGACACUCCAACUACUGAACGACCUCUCGCUAGGGUACAGCAGCGUGAGAAAGCUGGUGAAGCUCAGCGCCGUCCAGUUCAUGUUGAACAACCACACAAGCGAGCACUUCUCCUUCCUGGGAGUGAACAACCAGUCGAAUCUGAGCGACAUGAGGUGUCGGACCACCUUCUACACGGCACUGGGACGCCUGCUCAUGGUUGAUCUCGGUGAGGACGAGGAUCAGUUCGAACAGUUCAUGCUGCCUCUGACGGCUGCCUUUGAAACUGUGGCUCAGAUGUUGAGUACAAACACCUUCAACGAACAGGAAGCCAAGAGGACUCUGGUGGGUUUGGUGCGAGACCUGCGAGGCAUCGCGUUCGCCUUCAACGCCAAGACGAGCUUCAUGAUGCUCUUUGACUGGAUGUAUCCAGCCUACAUGCCCAUUCUGCAGCGAGCCAUCGAGCUUUGGUACCACGACCCAGCAUGCACCACACCUGUCCUCAAGCUGAUGGCUGAGCUGGUGCACAACAGAUCUCAGAGGCUCCAGUUCGACGUGUCGUCGCCCAACGGCAUCCUGCUGUUCAGAGAGACCAGCAAGAUGAUCACCACCUACGGGAACCGCAUCCUGACGCUGGGGGAAGUCCCGAAGGACCAGGUGUACGGCGUGAAGCUGAAGGGCGUCAGCGUGUGUUUCGCCAUGCUGAAGGCGGUGCUCAGCGGUAACUACGUCAACUUCGGGGUCUUCCGUCUGUACGGCGACGACGCUCUGGAUAAUGCCUUACAGACCUUCAUCAAACUGCUGCUGUCCAUCCCGCACAGCGACCUGCUGGAUUACCCGAAACUCAGCCAGUCCUUCUACUCUCUGCUGGAGGUUCUGACUCAGGAUCACAUGAACUUCAUCGCCAGCCUGGAGCCUCACGUCGUCAUGUACAUCCUGUCUUCGAUAUCCGAGGGGCUCACCGCGCUCGAUACGAUGGUGUGCACAGGCUGCUGCUCCAGUCUGGACCACAUCGUGACGUACCUGUUCAAGCAGCUCUCCCGCUCCACCAAGAAGAGGCCCACCCCGAUGGCCACGGACGAUCGCUUCCUGCACAUCAUGCAGCAGCACCCGGAGAUGAUCCAGCAGAUGUUGUCCACAGUGCUGAACAUCAUCAUCUUCGAGGACUGCAGGAACCAGUGGUCCAUGUCUCGCCCUCUGUUAGGCCUCAUCCUGCUCAACGAGAAGUAUUUCGCUGACCUGAGGAACAGCAUCGUGAACAGUCAGCCUCCAGAGAAGCAGCAGGCCAUGCACUUAUGUUUCGAGAACUUGAUGGAGGGGAUAGAGAGAAAUCUACUAACGAAGAACCGGGACAGUGAGUGUGUAUAAGGACCCCAAAAUGGCACCUGUCAAGAGACACGCUUACGAC